CAGCUGACGGAGGUGUUACAUGGCCUUCGCUGGAGGAAACAUGAUCUCGAAGACAAGCUAGAGAUGAUCAAAGCCUGGAGUAAGGCAUGGAACAUAGCCCUAUGGAUAGCCAAGUUCGGAGUUACUCUGCUCUCUGUGCUGAUCCCGGUGGCACGUGUGCGGGCAGUGGCCACCGCGGCAAACAAUGGAGCCGGCGGUGUGAUAGGGCUUCUUCAGCCGUUGGUUGACUCCCAUUUGGCUGGUCAACAGAGCUCGUGCGAGGUUGAGAGAGACCUCACUGCAAAGAUCUUGAACGAAGCUUGCUUCAUAUUUCAUAGGGUCAACAGCACCCGAGUUCUUGUGGACCUAUUGGAAAAUCAGAUGGAGUUGUUGGUUCGGGAUGCCGAGUUCCUCGUUGUCGCUGGGGAGGACGAGGAUUUGGCUGUGAGCAUGGCCAUGGACAAGAUCAAAGCUGGCAAGGCGGGGGACUUGGUGGAUAGCAUUGAGAGUUUGGAGAAGGAGGUGGAUUGCAGCUGCGAGGAUCUCCGCAGGGCUGCGUUGACUCUACUUCAGACCGUCACUGACCAGGUUGGGAACAAUCGACAUGUGCUUGUUGAGAUUCCCACUUAAUAAAUAAAGUAUUGUUGUCGUUGCUGGUAAUGCAUAUUGAGAUGUGAUUGAAAGAGCCAAUGUGGCAGCGGUGAGGAGGUUGCAUGUCAACUUAUUGCUGAAGGUGAUUAGAAGCUACAUUAAGCUGCACUAAAGCAUGGGUCUCUAGUCAAAGUUGUUGAAGUUAUUCAAAAGUUACACCAAGUUUGAUCAACGUGAAGUAUACCGUAUACGCAUGGUUAUUCUAUCAAAUGUCAAGUCAUAGUGGGUGUAUGAGAUGUCAAAUGUUAGUAUGUGGUUGUAGCCAAUAUGAGCACGUUUUGUGUGUAUGUAAUUAUGGGCUACAUGCUUAAG